AACAAAAGGUAUGAAUGAGUUGCUUCUAACUUAGAGGGGUUUAAGCCGUGCACAAACACCUACUAAACCCUAGGCUAAUUGGGGGUGAAAAAGUGAGUGACAGGUGAGAAGAAUCAAGGAAUGAAAGAUUGAUAAUACACAGACGACGACGACGAGGAAUGGGGAAGAUAACAGCUGCAGCGAGGGGAGCUCAACUCCCAGCUCUCUCCAAUCUCGUCAGAAACCAAAGACAAACACCACCUGCUGCUGCUGCUGCUGCUAAACCGGAGGAGGAUGAGAAGAAGAAGAUAUGGAAUUCGAUGAUUCGAUUCCCAACCCCCAAUCUCUCCGACGCCAAAUCCAUCUUCAAUUCCCUCAUUUCCAACCCUAACCCUAACCCCUCUCUCCUCACCCCCAAAUUCUUCAACUCCAUUCUCCACUCCUUCGCCUCAAUCUCCACUCUCGACGACUCUCACGCCUUCCUCAAUCACAUGCUCAAAGCCUCCCCUUCUUUCACCCCUGACCGUUCCACUUACCACAUCCUCCUCUCCCACUCCCCCUCCUCGCUCCCCUCCGUCCGCAAGUCCCUCAAUCUCAUGCUCUCCCACGGCGCCUUUAUCCCCGAUAAGGUCACCACUGAUAUUGCUGUUCGCGCACUUUGCUCCUCUUCUCUCAUUGAAGAAGCCGUUGAGCUCGUCAAGGAACUUUCCCUCAAGCACUCUGCUCCCGAUACGUAUACUUACAAUUUCCUCGUCAAGCACUUGUGUAGACACAGGUCGUUGACCAUGCUCAAUUCUUUUAUUAACGAUAUGAGGGAUUCUUUUGGUGUUAAGCCUGAUUUGGUCACUUAUACGAUCAUGAUUGAUAAUGUCUGCAACACGAAGAAUCUUAGAGAGGCGACCCGUUUAUUGGGGGUUUUGAGUGAACAGGGUUUUAAGCCUGAUUGCUAUGUUUACAACACUGUUAUGAAGGGAUAUUGUAUGCUCAGCCAGGGCGGUGAGGUCCUCAGGGUUUAUAACAAGAUGCUGGAAGAGGGCGUUAAGCCUGACCUUGUUACCUUUAAUACAUUGAUAUAUGGACUGUCUAAGUCCGGGAGGGUUAGAGAUGCUAAAAAGUUUUUGAGUGUAAUGACGGAAGCGGGUCAUAUGCCUGAUGCAGUUACUUACACCUCUUUGAUGAAUGGGAUGUGCAGGGAGGGGAAUGCAUUGGGAGCUUUGAAUUUGUUAGUGGAGAUGGAGCGCAAGGGCUGUACUCCAAAUUCAUGCACUUACAACACAUUGCUUCAUGGCUUGUGUAAGGCCAGACUGCUAGACAAGGGUGUUGAAUUAUUCAGAGUGAUGAAAGCUGCUGAAAUGAAGCUUGAAACGGGUUCUUAUGGAACUUUUGUCAGGUCACUUUGUAGGAAAGGAAUGGUUGCCGAGGCAUAUCAAGUGUUUGAUUACGCGGUGGAGAGUAAGAGUCUUACGGAUGUCUCUGCUUAUGCGACACUGGAGGCUACUCUAAAAUGGCUAGCGAAAGCUAAAGAGCAAGGCCUCGCAGUUUAAUUAUUGGAUAUUGAUGCAGUUAUUUGCUAGCAUCGCGAUUACCAAGAUCAGCUGCAGCUCUGGCUGCUCAGCUUAAAGCAUCUGACAUCCAAAGAGCUCCCUCAAAAAUGUAACUGCUGUUCAUCACAGUGUUGGUUGCUGCUGCUGCACUUUAAGAGAUCAAUUUGCUCCAUAUUUCUGGACUUUUAUAAAGGCCUAGGUGGUUUGGCAUGAAAGUUCCUGAACUAGAGAAAUCCAGUGUCCUGUGGUUUAUUGAAGAUACGAAAAAAUUCUAAAGAUAUUUCUGACUCAUAUUUUUAAUCCUUUUAUAAAUGUUAUGCCUGAUGGAGAGUGUUCAAUAUCCGAUAAAAAGAGCACUGAAACAACCUCAGACAUCAAAACUUCUGGAUCUGAUCAUCCAUGAGAAUUUACUUGGUUCCAUUACAAUACAGUUUUUAUGAGUUGAGUUGC